CCGACGCCGGCGGCUACUGAGGGAGCAGCGCUAUAUAUAAGGAACGAAUUGGGAAAAAAAAAUCCGUCUUGGGCCCUCCUCUCAAGCCUUUAAGCCUCGUUUUCAUACUUUCUAAAUAUAUCCAUUGGGGUAUCUGGCUGUUCUUCUUCUCCGCCUUUCCUUUUUCUGUGAUCUUGUUAUCUUCGGCUGUAUUUCUUGGACUAAUUUCAUCCCCGGCUGUGAGGAACACGUUAAAGCUGCUUCGCCCUUGAAGGAUUGAAUUGAUUUCUCUGUGAAAGAAGGGCUUAAGAGGUGCGGUUUUUUAGUCUGUUGGGGGCAAUGGAGAACGAGAGCUGUUCAUGGGUGAGGAGGGCAAAGUUCGCACCAAACACUUACAUCCGUUCCGGUUCUUUUAAAUUCCCAUCCAUCGGAUGGGAUGAACAAUCUUACAGAAUCCUAGAUCUGAAGAAAGAAAUUAUGAGCUCCGAAUCAGUGCCAAUGGAGUCUGUUUCAGGCUCCACGAAUGCAGCUUUUUUGCCUGGUGGUUCUGCUAGAAAAACAGAUGGGAAAUCAGGGAGAAAGAUGGAGGAUUUCAGUCUUGUUUCUUCAGAUUCAGUUUCUACCAAAUCCUCGCUGCAACAUGGUGGCAGUGAGUCUUCUUCAUCAUCGAUAAAGGAUUCAGAUUUACAAUCCGUUGAGUUCUCCUUCCAUCCCAAUCUAACCACAACAUCAGAAACAAUGAAAUUGUAUUCUUAUGCAGUCUGGCUUGCUUACAGUAAGAAGAAAUUCGAUCAAAUGAAACGAAAAUCCAAACCCAAGCAGAGAUGUGUAUCCCCACUACCAACCACCACUCUUUCUGAUGUCUUUAAAGAGGCUAAAUCCAAUUCCAAGAGGUUCUCCACACCACCCCCUUACAGAAAUAAACCACACAAGAAUAUCUUAGGAAAGACCAGCACUUGUAAUGAAUUGAACCCUCUCCAAAAAUUUCGUUUUGUGAAGGGCAUUACCAAGUUGAGGGCAAAGAAGGAGACACCAUGGACGAGGUGUUUAGAUAAUGGGGGAGUUAAGGUGACCGCAGUAGAGACCACAAAGAGCUGGAUUGUAAAUCUUUCCGAGCUGUACUUCGGAGCUCGAUUCGCCAGUGGAGCUCAUAGUAGACUUUAUCAUGGCAUGUAUAAGAAUCAGCCCGUUGCUGUUAAGAUUAUUCGAUUGCCCGACGACGAUGAAAGCGGAUUGAUGGUGGCGCGCUUGCAAAAGCAAUUCACGAGAGAGGCGACCUAG